CUGCUUGUAUACAUAGAUGUGUCUGGUGACAGUAGGCAGGACUACUCUAUCCCACAAGGCAGCAUGAAGUUUGACGAAGUUCUAGCGCAUCUUGGCGACUUUGGCUGGUAUCAAAAGAGACUGUACUUUUUAAUAUGCUUACCAGCAAUCAUGAGUGGUUUGCAAGCCCUUUCGGUGGUGUUUCAGCUGGAUAUCCCAGAUCACAGGUGCUCCCUUGGGGUUAACGACACCUACCAGGUGCAGGAUGCUCAUCAUUCUUACCUCAUCAACAUGUCCAUCCCCUGGGAGACAGACAGAGACAAGCAGGUGCUCUCCUCCUGUAAAAUGUACCAGUACCCUCAAAAUGGCAGCCAACCAAACAACCAGACAGCUCCGUGCAGCGCUUGGGUGUUUGAUCGGUCCACGUAUGAAUCAACGCUGAUCGAGGAGUUCAACAUAGUCUGUGAAGACAGUAUUCUGAGGUCACACGCAAACAUGGCGACAUUCGCGGGGCAGAUGGCUGGAACUCUCGUUAUGGGACUUUUAUCAGACAUGUUUGGGCGCCGACCUGUCUUCAUGUUCAAUGCUGUGUGUGUGGCGAUCCUGAGUAUCAGCACUGCGUACUCUCCUAACAUCUACGUCUACAUGGUUCUCCGAGCGCUGUCCAAUAUGACGAGGAUAGCCUGUUUCACAAUUUCCUUCGUUCUGGUAAUGGAACUGACGGGACCUUCCAGAAGAGUGUUUGUGGGAAUCAUCGUGGAGAUAUUCUGGUGCAUUGGUCUGUUUGCCUUGAGUCUUUUUGCCUACUUUGUCCGAAACUGGCAACAUCUCCAGCUUAUCGUUGCUUGCCCCACUGCUCUCUACAUUUUGUUUUAUUGGAUUCUUCCUGAAUCUCCAAGAUGGCUGAUAUCACGUGGUCGCAUAGAAGAAGCUCAAGUUGUUAUCAAGAAAAUUGCGUCCGCGAAUGGCGUUGAACUUCCGGACGGGAUGUUGGAGAAGUUAACAGUGGACGAGGACAAGUCCGUGAGGGUGACACAGAUGUUCACAACGCCGUACCUGCUGUUCAUUACACUCGUCAUCUUCUACAACUGGUUUGUUGUCAGUAUGGUAUACUACGGUCUGGGCUUGAACGUCCAGAACCUGAGCGGCGACAUUUACGUCAACUUCACCAUCGCCAACAUCGUGGAGCUCCUGUCGUACAUCAUGUGUGUCAGCAUGUUGGACAGACUCGGCAGGAAGUUCCUUCAGUGUGGCUGCAUGCUGAUUGGCGGAAUUGCCUGUGUGGCUACAUUGUUCCCCGUCAUCUAUGGAGAUUCGUCACUAGACUGGGUAACAGUCGCAUUAUCCAUGAUUGGUAAGUUCGGCGCCUCUGGAUCAUUCGCUAUUGUCUACGUAUACACGACUGAGCUCUUUCCUACCAUGGUGCGAAACUCCGGACUUGGAGUUAGUUCCUUCUGCGCCAGGAUUGGAGCGACGGUAUCCCCUUACAUUGCAGAUUUGGGUGUAAUAGUUGGCGGUGACCUGAAGGUGGCGCUGCCUCUCAUCGUGUUUGGAGGUCUGUCCAUUGCCGCAGGCGUGCUGGCUCUGUUCCUACCAGAGACUCUGAGAAGAAGACUUCCGGAGACAAUAGAGGAUGCAAAGAACAUGCGAAAAGCAAGGAAGACAAACUACGCGCUUAGCAUGACGCCCGAAAAAUCCAACUCCGCGGAUGUGAAGCUGGAAAACUUCAAAUCAACUGCAAACAAGUGGUAUUACUUUGAAGGUAAAAUGAAGUUUGACGAGGUUCUGGCGCAUCUGGGAGAAUUUGGAUGGUAUCAAAAGAGACUGUACUUACUGAUCUGUAUACCUUCGUUUUUUGGUUCCAUGCAGUCGCUUUCGGUAUUAUUCCUGUUGGAUACACCUGAUCACAGGUGCUCCCUUGGAGUUAACGACACCUAUCAGGCGCAGAAUGAUCACCACUCUUCCCUCAUCAACAUGUCUAUCCCCUGGGAGACAGAAAGAGACAAGCAGGUGCUCUCCUCCUGUAAAAUGUUCCAGUACCCUCAAAACGGCAGCCAACCAAACAACCUGACAGCUCCGUGCAGCUCAUGGGUGUUUGAUCGGUCCACAUAUGAAUCAACACUGACAGAAAAGUUCAGUAUAGUCUGUGACGACCUUGUUCUGCGAUCCCACUCGAACAUGGCAGGGUUUGCUGGGCAGCUGGCUGGAACUCUCGUCAUGGGACUAUUGUCAGACUUUUUCGGGCGACGUCCUCUCUACCUGCUCAAUUCAGUAGGCGUGGCGAUUAUCAGCAUCAGCAUGGCUUUUGUCCCCAACGUUUACGUGUACAUUGCGUUCCGGGUGCUGGGGAGUAUGUGCGGGGUAGCUGCCUUCACAACUUCCUUUGUUUUAACGAUGGAAAUGACGGGACCAUCCAGAAGAGUGUUUGUGGGAAUUAUCGUGGAGAUAUUCUGGUCCAUUGGUCUGUUUACCUUGGGUCUUCUUGCCUACUUCAUCCGAAGUUGGCAAACUCUCCAGCUUUGUAUAUCUGUUCCAACAGCUCUCUACAUUCUGUAUUAUUGGGUAAUUCCUGAAUCUCCUCGAUGGCUCAUAUCACGUGGUCGCAUACCGGAAGCUCAAGUAAUCAUACGGAAGAUGGCGUCUGUGAAUGGUGUCGAACUUCCAGAAGAGAUGUUGGAGAAGAUAACAGUAGACAACGACAACGUGCAGGCCGUGAGGGUGACGCAGAUGUUCACAACACCGUACUUGCUGUUGGUCACUGUCAUCAUCUUCUUCAACUGGUUUGUGGCAAGUAUGGUUUACUACGGUCUGGGCUUGAACGUCCAGAACCUGAGUGGCGACAUCUACCUCAACUUCACCAUCGCCAACAUCGUGGAGUUCGUCUCGUACGUGAUGUGUGUGACUCUGCUGGAUCGACUGGGCAGGAAGUUCCUUCAAUGCGGCUGUAUGCUCCUUGGUGGGAUAGCCUGUGUCUGCACAAUUUUCCCAGUCCUCUUUGGAACCUCGUCUAUAGACUGGGUUACAGUCGCACUGUCCAUGGUGGGAAAGUUCGGAGCUGCUGGGGCGUUCGCCAUUGUGUACGUGUACACAGCUGAGUUGUUCCCGACUGUUGUCCGAAACUCGGGAGUGGGAGUCAGCUCCUUCUUUGCCAGGAUCGGUGGGAUGGUCUCCCCUUACAUUGCAGAUCUGGGUGUAUUACUUGGCGGUGACCUGAAGGUGGCGCUGCCUCUCAUCGUGUUCGGUGGUCUGUCCAUUGCCGCAGGUCUCUUGACACUGUUCCUACCAGAGACGCUGAAAAGGAGGCUUCCUGAAACUAUAGAAGACGCCAAGAAUAUGCGAAAGGCCAAGAAGGAGAACUACAAACUGGAUGCAACGGAACCACCUUUGGGAAAGGCAGGUGUCAAGCUGGAAUCGUUCGCAUCUUUUAGAGAAAAGAAAGUAUAGGAAUAUUACGAAGUGUAUAUGUAUAAAUAUUGAAUACCAGUCCUGAUUUCGUCUUAAACAGAUUUCCAAUUGUUGUUGGAUUUCAACAACGAUAUAUGAGCACAAGCCAAUAUUAACUUCCUAGAUGUUGCAUUCGUACCAGAAAAUAUCUAUUAUACUGCCCCAGUACAUUUGAGUUCUUUCCCCGUCAAGUGUUUUCCGAAGCUCACAUUAUCAUUUGGUAGAACUGUAGAUGUAACUUCAUCAACGUUAUAGAUCUCUUACAUUAGUUAUAAAAAAUAUUUAGUCUAAAUUACUUUGUUUCUCCUAGCAAUGCUUUCACAUAUGUUUUUGCAUGUUUUUUUUCUAUAAAAUAUAUUUACUUAUAUUUAUGAAUAAAACUGUUUGUUUCUGGGAAAUCAA